AUUGGAUAUUGUUAUUCAUGUCAUCAGAACUUGAACCGCAUAUAUUGAAACGUUAUGAAAUUGAGAAGAGAAUAGGAAAAGGUGCAUAUGGAAUCGUAUGGAAAGCGAUCAAUCGAAAGACAAAAGAAGUUGUUGCUCUGAAAAAAAAUUUCGAUGCAUUUCGUAAUCAAACAGAUGCUCAAAGAACAUUUCGUGAAAUUGCAUUUUUACAAGCGUUUGGUAAUCAUCCAAAUAUUAUUGGUUUAUACAAUGUAAUACGAGCUGAAUGUGACAAGGAUAUCUACUUAGUAUUUGAAUACAUGGAGACAGAUUUACAUAAUGUAAUUCGUAAAGGGAACAUUUUGAAAGAUAUACACAAACAGUAUAUUAUGUAUCAAUUAUUUAAAGCAACUGCAUAUUUACAUUCUGGGGAAGUGAUUCAUCGAGAUUUAAAGCCAUCAAAUGUUCUACUGGAUUCUGAUUGUUUAGUAAAAUUAUGUGAUUUUGGUUUAGCACGUUCAUUAAAAGGUCGAAAUAUGAAAUAUGAUAAUGGUAAUGGUAAAAUCAAUUGUAAAACAUUACUACCUGCAUUAACUGAAUAUGUAGCAACACGUUGGUAUCGUGCACCAGAAAUUCUAUUAGCAUGUCAUGAUUAUACAAAAGGUGUUGAUAUAUGGAGUUUAGGUUGUAUAUUAGGUGAAAUGUUAAUUGGUACACCAUUAUUUCCUGGUACAUCAACAUUAGAUCAAAUUGGACGUAUUAUGGCUGGAUUACCAAAAUUAAGUAGAGAAGUCUACUUCAGCUGGAAGCUGGUUUGUUCUUUCCAACAGUAGGCUGUUAUUAACGGUAUCCGGCGAAUGAAUGUUGAGUAUGCUGCAUACAUAACUAUUUAUAAAUACUUGUACCUUCUUGAUGAUGGUUGUAGUAGCCUUCCAAGUUUCAGCUGCAUACAGUAGAACUGUCUUGACAUUCGUAUUGACAUGGAAAGUAUUAGAAGUCCAUAUAGUAUUUCAAUUUUGGAAAAAACCCAUAUCAAACGUCGUCCAUUAGAUCAAAUAUUAAAAAAUGCUAAUAAAACUGUAAUGGAUUUACUUAAUCAAAUGAUUAAUUUUAAUCCACAUAAACGAAUUGAUGCUUUAACUGCACUUAAACAUCCAUAUGUUCGAAAAUUUUUUAAUCCAGAAGAAAUCAUGAGUAAAACACAUAAUGUGGUUCCACCAUUAGAUGAUAAUAUUCAAUUAACUGUAACUGAAUAUCGUAAUCGUUUAUAUCAGAUAAUUAACUCAAAGAAACUACGCAGACAUAAUCGAACUAAGGCGAUGGAUCAAUUACAAAAUGCAAUUCCGAAUACAACACAAACAGAGAAGAGUGAUUGUGAACUGACUGUUAGAAAUCAAAUAGCUAUGGAUAAAAUCACAUGUUCCGAACUGAGAAAUAAUCAUUUCGAAGAUGGAAAACAGUUAGAACCUAAUCAAACACCUUCAACUAUGAAUGUUAACCAUAAAUCAUUCAUUCAACCGGUAAAUCGUACCACUCCUGACCAAGAAUGUCAUAAAAAUUCUCAUUUAAAUGUUUGGAACCCUGAAAAUAUGAGACCUAUAUCUGAUUUGGCUACAUAUACAGUUAAAUCUAGCUCUUCAUUAUCUGUGGUCAGACCUUGUUCUCAUACAGAAUCCAUGACGAAUGUGAACAAUGAAGAAUUGUCAUGUGUUGGGAAUGAGGCCCUUGCUUUGCCAAUCCUCGCCUUUACUUUUGCAUCUGAACCUCCUUGUUCAUCGAUGAUGAUUCCCAGGUAUGUGAAGGAUUCUACAUCUUCCAGAGUUUUGUCAUCAAGUGUGAUUGGACUACUAUUCUCCGUUUUGAAUUUGAGGACCUUGGUUUUCCCCUUGUGUAUGUUGAGGCCUACUGAUGUAGAGACUGCCGCUACACCGGCUGUCUUUAUCUGCAUUUUUUCUUUCUUAGAUAAAUCUGAUCAACAAUUUGAGAAUCCGUUUGGAAAAACAUUGAUCUCAAUCAAUAAUAGACUGAAUCAUUUACUCAAAACUAAUUAUCCAUCUUCAUCAACAGUGAUAACAUCAUCAUUAACAUCGUCAUCAUCAUUAUCAUCAUCAUCAGACUGGCCAAAAUGUCAAAGUCCUACACCGAUUAAAUCAAAAUCAUCAUCAUCAUCAACAACAACAACAACAAUGUCAUCAUCACAUAAAUGGUUGAAUGCAAAUGAUAACAUUGAACAGAAUAAAUCGAAGUUUGUUACCAUGAAUAAAAGUCAUAAAUAUAAUUUUAGUAAAUCAACAAAUAAUUUAUUAAAUCAUUCAAAUACCUUGAAUAAUAGUAGUUCAUUAAGCAGUGGACAAUUAACACCAUGUCAAAUUCAGACAACAACUAAUUUAAAUGAAGAACGAAAUUAUAAAAGUAUAUCUGAGAAUAAGAUUAAUGAGUUGGAUAUGCAAAAUCGACGAUUUGCCUCAGCUCCUUUAUUACCUGCACCUUUAUUAACUGGAAAUAUCAUACGAAAUCGACCAGUCAUUAACAUCACAAGUACUACGACUACUACAACUACUACCAAAUCUACUGGUGAUAUAUUCAGUUCAACUAAACUUAAUUCUAAAUCAUAUUUAAUUAGUUCAAAUACUGGUUCAUCAUCAGUUGUUCGAUUACAUUCAUCUAGUGAAUUAAAUAAUUUAUUUCAAGACUAUAGGCUACGUAGAACAUCUAAGAGUACUUCGAUAGAUGAAUCAAUAUCCCCUGGUUGUGUUUCAUCUAAUGAUAUCCAUACUAAUAAUCAACGGCAUACGAAUAUCAAUAAUCAUCAUACUACUAGUUUGGCACAGUUUUAUCAUCCAAGUCAUUUACGAAAUGACAGUAUGCAACCGAAUCUCAAUGGAAUUCAUGAUCAGCACAGUGAUUUGAGGAAAUCAUCUGUAAAAUAUAUGUCGACAGCCUCAAACAUAUUAGACACUGCCACAGAGGCUUCAAAGAAUUCAAAGAUACAGUUAAGCACAAGUGAUAGUCAAGUAAAUCACGUAAUUCGAACCAAAUUUCUAUCCAAUGGAAUAUCCAACAAUACUAGUAAUCAUCAAAAAUCAUAUCGUACACUUUUACCAUCGGCUAAUUUAGGACUUCAAUUCAAUACCAUAUCGGAUAGAACAAAAUGUUCCCAUUUAAAACAAUCCCAUAUAAAUAUCAACUCAACGUUGAAUGAUACAAAUAAAUUGAAUCAUGAAACAUUGCCAACAAACACAAAAUAUACACCAUUGAUAAAUCAUAAUCGACAACGUUUAAUACCACAACAUGUAUUGUCACGUUUAAAAUCAUUGAAAGAAAUGAACAAUAGUGAAAAUCAUUACAUAAAUGUGAAUGAUCAUGAUCAUUCUCUCUUUUUUAUUGUACACUAUGAAAAUAUAGAAUAUGAUCAUGAUGAACACUUCUAUUAGUUGUACUUGAUCAGAACACAUUUACUCAUAGAUUCG